AUGGAACGGGAGGCGUCGCCGUGGGGCCUCGAGCCCAGAGAUGUGCAAAGUCCUGACGAAAUGGGGAGCCCCGAAGGGUCCCUCAAAGGCAACAUGAGUGAGAAUGAGGAAGAGGAAAUUUCUCAGCAAGAAGGCACUGGGGACUAUGAGGUGGAAGAGAUACCUUUUGGGCUUGAACCCCAGAGCCCUGGGUUUGGGCUACAAAACCCAGAGUUUGAACCCCAAAGCCCCAGGUUUGAGCCUGAGAGUCCAGGUUUUGAGUCCCGAAGCCCUGGUUUUGUGCCCCCAAGCCCUGAGUUUGCACCCAGAAGCCCUGAAUCAGAUUCUCAGAGCCCUGAGUUUGAACCCCAAAGCCCUAGGUAUGAGCCCCAAAGCCCUGGGUAUGAACCCAAGAGCCCUGGAUAUGAAUCUCAGAGCUCCAGGUAUGAAUCCCAGAGCCCGGGAUAUGAACCGCAGAACCCUGGAUUUGAACCCCAGAAUCCUGAGUUCAAAACCCAGAGCCCUGAAUUUGAAGCUCAAAGUUCCAAGUUCCAGGAAGGUGCAGAGAUUCUUCUGAAUCCUGAGGAAAAGAAUCCCUUGAGCAUCCCCUUGGGAGUCCACCCUUUGGACUCUUUCACCCAGGGGUUUGGGGAACAGUCCACUGGGGGCCUGCCCCUAGGGCCCCCUUUUGAGAUGCCCACAGGGGCCCUGCUGGCUACACCCCAGUUUGAGAUGCUCCAGAAUCCCCUGGGCCUGACGGGGACCCUUCGUGGUCCAGGCCGACGAGGUGGCCGGGCCAGGGGUGGGCAGGGCCCGAGGCCUAACAUCUGCGGCAUCUGUGGGAAGAGUUUUGGGCGGGGCUCCACCCUGAUCCAGCACCAGCGCAUCCACACAGGUGAAAAACCCUAUAAAUGUGAGGUCUGUAGCAAGGCCUUCUCCCAGAGCUCUGACCUCAUCAAACACCAGCGCACGCACACGGGCGAACGGCCCUACAAGUGUCCCCGUUGCGGCAAGGCCUUCGCUGACAGCUCUUACCUGCUUCGCCACCAGCGCACGCACUCUGGUCAGAAGCCCUACAAGUGCCCACACUGCGGCAAGGCCUUCGGCGACAGCUCCUACCUCCUGCGGCACCAGCGCACCCACAGCCAUGAGCGGCCCUACAGCUGCCCCGAGUGUGGCAAGUGCUACAGCCAGAACUCAUCCCUGCGUAGUCACCAGAGGGUGCACACCGGGCAGAGGCCCUUCAGCUGUGGCAUCUGUGGCAAGAGCUUCUCCCAGCGCUCGGCACUUAUCCCCCACGCCCGCAGCCAUGCCCGCGAGAAGCCCUUCAAGUGCCCUGAGUGCGGCAAGCGCUUUGGCCAGAGCUCGGUGCUGGCCAUCCACGCCCGUACCCACCUGCCGGGUCGCACCUACAGCUGCCCCGACUGCGGCAAGACCUUCAAUCGCUCCUCCACGCUGAUUCAGCACCAGCGCUCCCACACGGGCGAGCGGCCCUACAGGUGCGCCGUGUGUGGCAAGGGCUUCUGCCGCUCCUCCACGCUGCUGCAGCAUCACCGGGUCCACAGCGGGGAGCGGCCCUACAAGUGCGAUGACUGUGGAAAGGCCUUCUCUCAGAGCUCCGACCUCAUCCGCCACCAGCGGACCCACGCGGCCGGCCGGCGCUGA